AUGAGGCGAGCCGCCGCACCACCGAUUCUGCUGCAACUACACAGCGCCGAAUCGGUCCCAUCGCAGAUCAUAGCUCUGCGGAGCUUGAAAAAUGAGCUGAUUGGACAUGACCAGCGAAAGGAAGCUUAUAUCGCCGAGGGCAUCAUUCCAGCUCUGGCACAGGUGCUGACCUCCAGAUGGCCCGGAACGCAGGCGCUCGAUGUGUUGGCAUCGCAAGACCCUACCACUCACAUUGCUGAAAACCGGGAGGCUUGUCUGCAAGCUACUUUGAUCGUCGGAAGCUUAGCACAGGGCGGUCCAACGUUCCUCACUCCACUGUUCGCCAGCAACAUCCUACCGACCCUGCUAUCGAUAUUAUCCUCACCAGACUGUCCUGAAGAGUUCUGCCUUCCUAUCCUCCGACUCCUCAAUACCAUCGCAGACCGACUGCCGCUACAGAGUCAAGAACAAUGGCCUCGGGAUACCCAUCUUGCGGACCUUGUAUUCACUUCUGCGAACAUCGGCUUCCUGAGACGAACUCUCUCGCAAGAUUACCAAUCUAUGCGCAAACAGGCUGCCAUCGAGUUAACGGCUGCUUUGAUAGGCAAGCUUUGCCUGGAGGAAACCCACAAAACAGCGCUGGCAGAAUCCGGGGUGCUGGACGCCCUCGCACUUAAGAUUGCAUCUUUUGUAGUGGCAAAAGGAUUUGUACUGCCUGGUGCAGAGGAACGCUUGCAAGAGCCGGGCUCACUGGAAGAUAUACCCCUUCCAGCGCCAUCAUCUGCCCAGCUCGCACCGAUCUUGCGCGCUGUUGCCGUCAUCAUUGAGCAAUCAAAAUGGAGAGCUGAGCAUUUCCUGUCAUCCCCGGGCAUUGUGACGGUGUUCCCCAGACAAGUCCCGGGGUUUGCACCCUCUGACAUCAGAAAAGCUCCCUGGGGGUCCACAUAUCUGUCAGGCUCCGCAGUUCCCCGGCAUCUGGCCACUAACCCCAUGGAGCAAUUGUUGCCAUCAGUGCCUCUGGCAAACUCCAAGUCUACACCAAAUUCGGCAAGUUUUCCACCUCUCGGUCAUGGAGGAGCCCAACGCCGGCCCAGUCAUUCAUUCCCUCCGCCCUUUUCGCUGGCCGAAACGUCCGCCCCAGAAGACGACGAGAACAUGAUUGUCCCAUGGCUUCUCUGCAUUCUCCGCUCCGAGCAAGGCGUGGUAACUUUGAUGGCAGCGCGACUUGUCACAGUCCUCUUUCGGUUGGGACUGGCGAAGAAACAUCGCGUUCCAAUGUUCAGCUAUCUGUUAAUCCCAAUUUUGAUUCGAAUGCUCGACAAGGACUUCCGUCUGGCAGAUGAAGAUGCUGCGAAUUACGAUGGUCUCAUCUCGCCCACUCAGCGCUUAAAGGAGGAAGCACCUGCCGUGCUGGCCAACUUGGUCAUGGAUGAUCAGGACCUGCAGAGACAUGCGGUGGAAGGAAAUGCACUCAAGCGACUAUCACAGCUUCUCAAAGAGACUUACAACCCGGUCACCGAGAGCUCUCGCCCAAUGUGGCACGCGGAGGACGCGCCGGCACGAGACAUUGAAAGUCUUUCCCCAGAGUGCCGACUUGGGCCUUCUGGCUACUCCCCAACUCUAUGUCACGUUAUGCGGUAUCGAGAGAACAUUCUCAAGGCCCUCGCGGCGCUCGUUCCAUUCAAAGACGAGUACCGCAAGGCUAUUUGCGAGCAUGGCGUGGUUCCUUAUAUCAUCGAUGCGCUCAAACCAAGACCCAGUGAUGCACUGGCUGACGCUUCGAUGCCCAGAAAUACUGCCGAGGAUGGAAAUCCAAUCCCCACCAUUUUGGCUGCUUGCGGCACCGCUCGGAUGUUGACAAGAUCGGUGAGCGUGUUGAGAACGAGUCUCAUUGAUGCUGGUGUCGCUGAGCCCCUGUUCACUCUUCUUCGUCAUUCCGACACGGAGGUACAGAUUGCAGCAACAGCAGCUAUCUGUAACUUAGCUUUGGACUUCAGCCCUAUGAAAGAGGCUAUCAUCUCUGCUAAUAUUAUUCCCAUUCUUUGCGAGCAUGCUCACUCCACCAACACCAAGCUGCAAAUUGAAUCAUUAUGGGCGCUGAAACAUAUGGUCUACGAUACAGCCAACGACAUAAGAAUGAACAUUGUUCAAACGCUGGGUCCCCAAUGGAUCAUGCAGGUCAUUUCCCGAGACCCAGUUCGUGCAGCGAGCAGACUUGGGCCGGAAGAAGAAUUGGACGUCAGCGGAAUUGCUAUGGGUCGAUCCAACUCCGCUGGGGAACAGGUCGAUAUACUCAAUCCAAUGGAAGAUGCGGCUCAAUGGGACGAGGACUUGAAGAUGACUGACACCAUGCCUCCAUCCAAAAUGAGCCUGGACAUGUUUCUUCCUGAUGCACGACGGCGCCGCAAGCUUGUCUUGGACGGAACGUUGGCGCAGACUACACAAUCACGACAAGAUGACAUCGCCGUGCAGGAACAGACCUAUGACCUUCUCCGCAACAUGAUCUGUGGCAGGGACGCGCCCGAAAUGAUUGAAUAUCUUUUCCGAGAACUCGAUCAAGACGAGUUCCUGGAUACAAUCGCCGAGACGUUACGGCCACGAACCAUUCAACUUCCUCACCGGCGCGAAUCGACUGCCCCGCUCCACACACCGAACGAGAUCAUCGCUGCCGCCGCGGCUCUUAUCAUUCACAUGGCAGCGGGCCACCCGCGUCACCGCCGUCUCAUUGCAUUCCACCACGAACUAUUACAAUCGCUGGGCAAUUACUUCAACCACUCACACAAGGAGAUCAGAUUGACUUGCGUUUGGGUGGUCAUCAAUCUCAUUUAUGAGGAGGACCAAAAUGAUCGCGAAGGAUGUCGCGAGCGAGCAGUCCGUUUGCGCUCGCUGGGCUUUGCGGACAAAUUGCUCAGCCUUGAAGAUGAUUCGGAGUUGGAUACCAAGGAGCGUACCAAGACGGCUUUGCAUUUACUAAACAAAUUGUCACCUGCAUGA